AUGCAAUGUCUAAUAAUAUUAAUAAUAAUAAUAAUCUAGGAAUGCAAUUUCAGUAGCUGGGAAUAAGGAUUGGGAAGGAGAAAGGUCAAUUGAAAAUCAGAGUUUCGCGAUCCUUUCCCCUGUAGCUGUCUUGUCCAAUCGAGGAAUUCUAAUCACUUUCAAUUAUCGUUUCUGCAAAUUUUUAUUCUCUAGUUCUCUGAUUAUUCCGCCAUGGGUAUCUGGGAAGCUUUCCUCAAUUGGCUGCGAAGCCUCUUUUUCAAGCAAGAAAUGGAGCUAUCUUUGAUAGGUCUUCAAAAUGCUGGAAAAACUUCGCUUGUGAAUGUUGUUGCAACUGGAGGAUACAGUGAAGACAUGAUUCCUACGGUAGGAUUUAAUAUGAGGAAGGUAACUAAAGGGAAUGUCACAAUAAAGUUGUGGGAUCUCGGAGGUCAACCCAGGUUUCGUAGCAUGUGGGAAAGAUAUUGCCGUGCAGUUUCUGCUAUUGUCUAUGUUGUUGAUGCUGCUGAUCCUGAUAAUCUAUCUAUCUCAAAAAGUGAACUUCAUGACCUUUUGAGCAAGCCUUCACUGAGUGGCAUCCCACUGUUGGUAUUGGGAAAUAAGAUUGACAAACCAGAAGCUCUUUCCAAACAAGCGUUGACAGAUCAGAUGGGGCUCAAAUCAAUAACUGAUAGAGAAGUUUGCUGCUUCAUGAUUUCGUGCAAGAACUCGACCAACAUUGACUCUGUCAUUGAUUGGCUUGUAAAGCAUUCAAAGUCGAAGAACUGAGAAUGAGAAGAGAAAGUGUUUGCAGUUUGGGAUUGCUGUUUUUAGAUUAUGAAACUGUGAUUUUGGUGGUUGGUGGUGGGAGUUAUUCUUGUCUAACAGGGUUUCUGAUUCUCUGACCAUUUUCUUUCUUCUACCAUAUAUUAGAUUGUUCCCCUUCUGGUUGGGAAAACAUUUGGUCUUGGGGUUAUGUGGUACUUAAUUUAUUCAAUCCUCUCUCUCUCUCUCUCUCAUCUGUUGUGAUCAUGGAACUGGAGUCGAUGGAUUUUUAUGUGAUCAUAUUGAUCUGGUGUGAAUAGCAGCAUUUUCUUGUGCAUUUGGUACCAAA